CCACAAACAGGGCGGCACCGUCUGUGCCAGCGGCGCGGCCUCAGUUGGCUGAGAACGCGGUCCUGGCUGGUUGUGCGCAGCCUGGGCUCCUGCAGGCGGCUUCGCUGGGCGAUUUGCCAAGUGAAUUGUUCACGGAGCAUUGGUCUCUGCCAGCGAGUCCUGUGAAUUUGCGGAGCAUUGGUCUCUGCAGAGGAUUCCUAAACGUGCAGGACAUUGUUCUCUGCUAGGGAGUCCUCAAUUCGCACAGCAUUGGCCUCUUAGGAAGGUUCCUCCACGUGCAGAGCUUUGGCCUCUGCGAAAGGUUCCUGAAUUUCCUUUGAAGUUUUGUUGAGGCAUUGCCACUCAUCUGGGAGACCCUCCCUUCAAAAUGACUUCUGGAGUCCCAGAGUAGAGCUCGACACCUCAUCUUUUGUCCAGGAAAGACUGACAUCUUUUACUGAAUUCCUUCUGUCAGGCUGGACACUCACCGGUGCUGCUCUGACCAAGCUGCCCUUGGGCACCUGGGCAUGUGGUGGGGGGAAGCUCAAACUCUGCCCAAAGCCCUGAGAGCCACAGCUGGUCCCAGCUAGAAGAGGUUCCAAAGCAGCUGUUUUCUCUCAGCUCCUGUGUGAGCACAGAUCCAGCCCUGCAGAUGCAGUGUACAGCAAAGCAAGUUAUCUGCUGCAGCACGUCCAGAAGAAAAUGCCUCAGUGCCUUUGUUCUGCAGGAUGGUGGAAAUCUUCCUGUGCUGGGAAUUCUCCCCUGAUUUGGUUUGCCCUGUGUUGAUGUUUCUUCAGGUGGUGAAGGUCUCCAUGGGGAGCUCCCCUUACUUCCAGCUCACGUGCUCCAGCGAUGUGUUCCGUGUCGUGCCGCCGGGCGCGUCUGCCCCUGUGCGCAUCCGCUUCAGCCCCGGCGAGAACAAGGAUUAUUCCCAUGAGCUCGUCUGUGUCACUGAAAGGGAAAGGAUAGUUGUGCCAAUUCGGGCCAUUGGUGCCCGAGCUAUCCUGGACUUCCCUGCCCAGCUGGACUUCUCCAAGUGUCCAGUCAAGUGCAGCACCCAGAAGACUCUUCUGGUCUGCAAUGUCGGUACCCAGGCAGCUCGUUACCAGCUGUGCACCCAGAGUCCUUUCUCCAUGUCACCAGCCAUAGGAAUUCUGGACGCUGGUGACACCAUGCAGGUGACAGUGGGAUUUCACCCGCUGACCACGGGUGACCACUGCGGGUCCCUGGCAGUGUGCUGCAGCACAGGUGAAGAAAAUAUCCACACAAACCUCCACGGAGAUGCUGUAGAAGUCAAUGCUGGGUUGAGCACAAAUUCCGUGGAGCUUGAGAAGACUUUCAUCACCAUGUCAAGCCACAAAACCAUGUUCAUUGAAAACAGGAGUAACAUCACAGCCCACUUGCAGUGGAAGGCUUUUCCUACUGAGAAAGGAGAGAUUGAAGAGAAGAGGAGGCAUUGUCGAUUCCUGUGGACGCAGAGAGAGCUGUGGCUGGAAAAAAUUAACAGAGGAAAGAGAAACAGAAAAGGAGAAGGGCUCUAGUGAAGAUCGUGCUGUCCUCCUGAGGCUCCCGGGGGAGAUGGCAAAGUUGCACCAAGACCCCAUGCUGUUCUCCGAUGGCAUUUUUUUCAUUGAGCCAAUGGAGGGAGAAAUUGGGCCGAAUUGUUCAGCUGAAAUCAAGGUGACCUUCAAACCCCUGGAAACACUGGAGUAUCAAAGUUUGGCUUACUGCAGCAUCUCAGGUGCAGCUCCUUUGCCCUGCUUCUCUCAGCCUCAGUGAAGCCAUGGUGCAAGCCUGAGCCCCCUGGGCUCCCAUGGAACUGCUGGGAAGAGUCCCUGGUCAGCAGGGCACUGCUGGCACAUCCCCCCGGCCCUGCAUCUUCAGGGAGUCUCCCGUGCAAGGCCAGGGUUCAGAAUCCUGUGUCUGGGUUACUGAUCCCAGAACAACUCAGACGGUGCAGGGAGAGGUUUUCAUGCCAUGGCUUUGCCAGCAUUUCCUCAAAGGCCACAGAACUACAGAGCAGAACAGCUUGAGUGAACAAGCACAAAGCCCCUCCAGGCCACUGGCCUCCAGGAGGGGUCCAUUUGACAUGGAUCCAUCAUCAGGCAGCAGGAGCUGAGUUGGAAAUGUGUUCCCUGAGGCUGGAUCACCUCCCAGUGCCCAGACACCACCAGAGCAGAGGUGGCUGAGCCCCCCUGAGCCCAGGGUGUUGGUAGAAGGAGCACCCUUGGCCAGCACCCGCUUCUCUCCCUGUGUGGGAAUUGGCCCCUUGCAGCUCUGUUGGUGGGCGGCUGGCACACACGCGUGGCCGUAGCCGGCGUCAGCUGAACGGUUCGUGCAGGGGAGGGUCCCCUGGGGGGGGUUCCUGGGCCAGGGCCCCACCUUGGCCGCCACCUAGCAACCAGCUUAGAACUGGUGCAGAGCAGGGGAAUCUGACUGUUAAUCAAAGCAUCGCGAAGGCCCGAGGUGGUUGUUGACACGAUGUGAUUUCUGCCCAGUACUCUGAAUGUCAAAGUGAAGAAAUUCAGUGAAGCGCGGGUAAACGGUGGGAGUUACUAUGACUCUCUUAAGGAGAACACCUGCCCUCCCUGUCGUUGACCUCGCCACCCAGCGAUAGUUUCACAAAACCACUGAAAGAAAAAGUUGGCACAGUUUUUUGCUAUUGCACAGAGCCUUGUCCACGGGCUAUUGUUGGACAAAGUUGGCAGCUCGGGAGAGGGCCGACUGCUAACUAAUUCCACUUUCACUUGGACAUGUCUCUUAAUUUGUUAACCGGCUUUGACAAGAUGGUGCAGUCUUUGGCUUUGCGGUACAUAUCUACUGCCACUCAAACUGACCCAUCAGAUCUGUGGGUCAAAUGUUGCCUUCUGCUAUAAGGCAAGGCGACCUGGUUUCAAGGGACAGCACGGCGACCCAAACUCACCAGGGUCACUCGGGCCAAUGAUGGAUGCAGACACCAAUGUGGUAGACGGUCAAAAGGCCUUUAUUGUCUCAUCUCGUAGGGUUUUAUAGUCUAGGGAGCUUCACUACGUCAGAGGGGGGUCUGCAGUACUAUCUAUGGUUAGUAAGGAGUGGAAAGUUACUAGCGUUAGGGGGGCUGCAUUCCUGGUUACAUUCCUAGGGUGAUCUCUUAUCUCAGGGGAUUAAGGGAAAAGGAAUCCUGCCACUUUCCGUCACAUCGCGUGAUCUUCCGUUCGCCUGUCCCUAUCUACCACAGUCAAAGAUGCCGUUGUUCCAUCUAUACCCCCUCUGCCCAGUGAAGAGGGACUCGAUCUGGUGUGUUUGGAGUUUGUUAACUCCACAAUGGUGAUAGAGGAAAGGUUACACCAAGGAGUUGGAUGGGAGGGCUUGGCACAGUUUCCUGAGCCCUAUGAGAUCUCCCCUGUUGGGGCUGCCCAGGAUGAUGAGUACACAGCUAGAGGCACAAAAGGGCCAAAAACACCUGAAGCUCUUCCCGGGCCCAGUGGUGACGGUGCAAAGAGUCGAACACCUGUCUUGUCCAUCCCGGAUGAAAAACCAGCUUGUCCGCACUGUGAUACCCGGUUCACUAGGAUGUCAGGGCUGAUUGACCAUCUUAAGAGGGCGCACGGGCAGAAGAAAGUCAUCUUCAGAUGCUCGAAAUGUGGUAAACAAAAUCUUAAAUACCACAGCAUCUCCUGCCACGUCCCACGCUGCAAAGCGGAGGUAUGUGUGGCUCCCACUGGUGAGUGGGCCUGUGAGGUAUGCCAGCGUGGGUUUACGACCAAGGUAGGCCUGAGCCAGCACAAGAGGAUUAGACAUCCUCUUGUGAGGAAUGUGGAGCAGAUUGUGGCGUCCUGCGGUAUUCCGUGGUUUUCCUGGGCCCUGUAUGAGUCCAAAUCCGGCUAGCCCACAUGGAUCCGCAUAGACGAAAGUAACAGACCAGAGGCGCUCUUCUCCACGUGGGUGCAAGUAUCUUGUUUAUUGGCUUGGUGGCAAGACACUCUGGUGACGGGGCCACCCAGGUAGAAAAGAGGGCGUGGGACUCUCACACAAGAGGUUUUAUACCCUAGGGGAUGGGGGCAGGGGAGAGAGGACCAGGGCCAAUGGGAUGCCAUUGGGGAGGGGCAGGGUACCUAUGGGACAGACCACCCAGGUGUCUAUAACAGGGGGGGUGUAAGGGGGAGACCAUGUGAUGAGGGAGGGGGGAAAACCCAUCUACCUGACCCAACAUGCUCAGUAAAAAUUUCCCAUCACCCAGUGCAACAACUAAAUAAACUAUUUAGUGCAAUACA